GCAACAUGUGAUUUAACCACUUGUGAUUAUUGUUGCUUUAAUUUGAAAGGUCCAACAAUGGGAGGAAUAACAUUACUUCUAGAUCUGUGGAGGAAAAAUCAAAGCUUUAACACAACACAAACAUAUCAAUCUUCUUGGUUUGUUUCUACAUCUGCCACUGUUGCCUCAUUUGCUGCCGGAACCUCUUUGGCCUCAAGGGACUUCUUUGGGACACCAGUUGCUUAUUGUGAUGCUGGAGCGGCAAUUGCUGAAGACUACAUUCCUAGCAUGCCAAGUGUACCAACUGGAAAAUAUUUUUAUCAUGAUUCUCUAAAAUAUAGUAGUACAAAGAGCUACAAUAUUGAACUAAAACCACUAUUAUCUGUUUUUGAAUUGAACUCACUUUCACAUAUUACAUUGAGGUCAUUCUUGAUGUUCUAUUUGCCUCUUUUGGAGCCUCAUGCAAAGAUGGAGCAAGAUGAUGAUGACUUUAUACAGGACAAUGAAGACGAGCUUCGUCUCAAUCUGGCCGGUCCCUUCAGAAAGUCACUGAUUCAAAUCAUCCGUGAGGUUACAGUUGUGACAACUAGGCGCAUUUUAGAAAGAGUAACUGUCCAUUAUGUUUCAAGAAGAAUGGCAUGGAAACUACUCAAAGAUGUUACUAAAUCAGCUGCUCGCAAAGCUGGAAGGAGAAUGCCUACUUUAGUUUACUUCUUUUCUGUGAGCAAAGCAACUUUCAGAGGGCACAUGCUUGGAGUUACAGCAUCAUGGGUUGUCCAAGUAGGCAUCAGAUUAUGUCAAUUCUUCACAUCCAUGUCAAAGAAUGAUGUAAGUGAUAUGAACAAAGAUGAGAGAACAAGACUUCUUAGGCAGAAGAUUUUCAUAGCAACAGUUAGGUGCCAUGCAUCUCUGAUUUUUGCUUCUAUUGGGGGAGGGAUUGGGGCUACCCUUUUUCGCCCCGCGACCGGCCAGUGGAUUAGUUGUGCUAUUGGUGAUUUGGCUGGUCCAGUUAUUGUGGCAGUUUGUGCUGACAGAAUUUUUCACUUGAACUUUUAG